UGACAAAAAAAAAAAAAGAGUUCCGGGUUGUCUACAACCAAGAGCCGCUCGCCACAGCUGCCUGUUCAGACGGCGGGAACAUGUCUCUUUUACUGGAUAAUCAAUUCAAAGAGCUACCUCCAGACAAGUCGAUAGACACAAAGUUGUUCCUGGAGACUGUCGCUCAUCUGCCAACAUUUUUCGACUGCCUGGGUUCAAAGGUGUUUUCACCCAUUAAAUCAGAUAUCAGCGGCAAUAUAACGAAAAUUAGAGGAAUAUAUCUCAAGGAUCCCACAAAGUAUGUGACCCUGCAGAGUAUCCUGGAGGCAGAGCGAGAGGCCCAUGCAGCAGAAUGGCCGAAAGUUGGAGCUACAUUAGCUCUGAUGUGGCUGAAAAGGGGUCUCCGUUUCAUACAGAUCAUGCUGCAGAGUUUGGCAGAUGGAGAAAAGGAUGAGAACAACCCCAACCUCAUUAAGGUCAAUGUGACCAAAGCCUACGAACAGGCGCUGAAGAAAUACCACGGGUGGAUGGUUCAAAAGCUUUUCAGUGCAGCGUUAAACGCAGCUCCCUACAGAUCCAACUUCCUCAAGUCUCUGUCCAAAGGAGAGGAAGUCAAAGAGGACGUCUGUUUGGCGAAUGUGCGUCAGUUCCUGGUGAACUACACCAUCACUGUAGACGCGAUCUACGAGAUGUACACGGAUAUGAACGCAGAGUUGGACUACACAGUUUGAUGCCACUGGACAUCAACUUGACUGGAUACGCAGCAGCGUCAUGAUGACAGACGAGUCCAGUUUUCCUGUGAUUGUAAAAGGAGGGUUUCUGUUUUUCCUCAGUGUGCUAUUUAAUACUUCAAUCAUGCCUUAAUACUAUGUGGUCUUACAAUUAUGCUUUAAUUUUAAACAAACGUAAGGAAAAAAAAGCACUUCUAUGAUAUUUUAAGAAAUAGUUGAUUCAUUACAGGAGUUGUGAAGCGCUCAUUCUUAUGCAUCACUGUUAUUAUGUGGGAUGCUGCUAUCGUUAUUAUGACAUACACACAGGUAGCUUUCACCUGUUCCACCAGGAGAGGACUGGAAAAACCAUUCUUACACCAAACCCUUUCUGUUAAUGCCUCACAAUAAGAGGCUGUCUCUGCCUCCUGAGCCCGCGAGUCAGUUGUGCCCAUUUCAGUUCUGCAGCAGCUACGCACCAGUGUGUGCCUUGUUGUCAAACACGCAAUGUUUUUGUUUUCAAAUGAAGCUCGGAAUGUUUUUAUUAUAAAUUCUGUUGGCCGUAAACCCUUCCCCCCCCCAGGGUUUAAGGUGUGUCUGUUGAGUAAGUAGGUGUGGUCUGGUUUUAGUGUGUGUUUGUAUUGUUGUGUUAUCUGUGUUUGUCCUAUAUCUCAACUGACACAACAACUUCAACACAAUGUUUGUCAUUUUGGCAGACAGCAUAUCCUGUACACAAUUUUGAAUACUUGUUUAUAUGAUCUUAAUAUAGAUGGGGAGUGUGUUUGAUUCUCAAUAAAUUACUAUAAUUAUUUUUUUUUUGCUUAUCACAGGGUAUUUAUGUUUGAAUUAAAUAAAGAAGUUAUGCAAUUUGGAUGAA